AUGGAUGGUGGUGAUGGAUUGGGGGUGAUGGAUGUUGUUGGGUUGGGCUGGACUGGACCCGUGAACGGAGACGACGACGGGAGAGAGAGGGGUGGUGGUGGGAUGAGCGGGGUUCGGGUGUUGGAGCUGCUGGCUGACCUGGUGGAGGUGCUGGUGACAAUUGUUGGUGGUUAUGCUACAUGCUACUACUUGCCUACAUUUCAGGGGGACGAGAUUGCUUUACAAGCAGACUAG